UAAUAAUUAACACCUUGAAUUACAAAAGCCUAUAAAUAGUUUCUAGUUUCCCAAAUACCAAUUGCUUGGAAACCAUUACGACUUUACGUCUUCUAAUCCCGUCAAUGAUAAACAACAUGGCGGACAAUUCAACUCAAAGCAGCAGACGAAACAGUCGCCAAAACAUUGAAACGAGGGAAUCCCAGAAGUCACAAAAUGAGGAGGUGAAAGAUAUUUUCAUGACAGCCACGGAGCAGGGUGAUGCCCUCAAAGUUCGUGAGCUGUUGGAAGACCAGCACAUUGCCCCAAAUCUCACAGCAACAAGGGAAGGUUUCGGAAGGAGUGCCUUAUCUCUUGCUGCAACAUAUGGACAGACAUACGUUCUUGCUGAGCUCUUGAAGGGAGGAGCAGAUCCAAUGUUGAAGAGUAGCAGUCAGCGUGUCCCUCUACAUGAGGCUUGUAUCGGAGGCCACUUGGAUUGUGUUGAGCUUUUGGUGGACGUCAUGUCAGACAUCAAUGUCUCUGAUAAAGAUGGACAGACGGCUGCUCACCUGGCUGCAUUUAACGGAGAAGAGGAGAGUCUGAAAGUCUUGAUAGAAAAUGGUGCGAAUCUGAUUGCCGAAGAUCAUAAAGGAAGACAACCUGCCCAUCUGGCAGCCACAAGGAACCAUGUUCAGAUCUUACAGCUCUUGUUUGACCACAGCGUGGAUCUGGACUGUCAGUGUGAGCUGGGACGGACACCUCUACACUACGCUGCUCAGUAUGGAGGUCUGGAGUCUGUGGUAUGUCUUGUGGAGCGGGACUGCGACACAACGGUAGGAGAUACCAAUACCUAUCUGGCAGCACACUUAGCUGCCAGGUACAACAAGGUGGACUGCCUCAAGUUCUUGGUCAAACAGGGCACAGCUCUCGAUGCUCCACAAGGAGAAGGAAAGGCCUGCUCUCAUAUUGCUUCUUUGUUUGGUGCAGUGAAUGCUUUACACUGGAUCCUUGAAGAAGGGGCGGACAUCAACCUCGCUGAUCACUUCGGCAACACACCAGCGCAUUAUGCUGCGGAGGGUGGUAAAGCUGACUGCUUCAACUGUUGCCUACAACAUGACGCGGAUCUGACUGCAAUCAACAUCAGAGGGGACGCUCCUCUCGAUACAGCAAAAAAGAAUGGACAUCCAUUGCUGAUGGAAAGGGCUGUGAACAAUGAAGUGACUUGCCCGCUGUGCUUUAAGAAGUUUGAGCAAGAAGAGUAUAAGAGAGCUCACGCACCAGCCCCGGUGGAAAGAAGUAUUACCACAGCUGCAUCUACUGCCUACACCUCACCCCUACCCAGUGUACUGCGCAGACCAACCCAGCAUCAAACUAAUCUAUUCAAGGCUGACCUGAAGAAGAAAGUGCCAAAGAAAAACCUACCCGACAGAGAUCUUCCAACCAAAUAUUUUGGAGAAUAUUUAGAUCCAAACGAAGUGUUUCGCUUCAAAACUUCAUAAGUCCACAUCACACCUUUCCUUCAGCUGUUUUUUUUUAAAAACCUUUUCUUUGUGAUAAAUGUGAUAAUGUGAAAUCAGUCCGCUCAGCCUCUUCUACUCUGAUUGUUGCGAACGUCUUUGCAUGUAAUUGUCAAGAUCUAAUACCCAUAUGUACAUAUUUCUGAAAUAUAGCAGUAGACCCCACCCCCUCCCCCCUCUCCCUAUUCCCCUUCCUUUCCCACUUCCCCACUAACAAUGGGGGUUGGGAGCGGGGGCGGGGGCAAAAGUGGAAAUGUUAGAGAUAAUCCAUUUUGUCACUGCUGUUACCCACAUCGAUUCAGACUCUGCCAGCCCUACACAUUGACUAGAUCAGCACCAAGCAACUCUACAGAUCUUUGAUUUGAAUUUUAAUUAUAUAGACAGAUACUGCUUGCUGCUCACAAAGUUGAGCAGAUGUUUUGAACUUUUUUUUUACCAUGUUUUUACCUUAAUCAAAGAGUAGUUGUCGUUGAUAUUGUUGUUGUCAUUGUUGUUGUUGUUCUUCUUCUUUAAAUUUGACUCCUGUCAAAAGUUUGAUCAGGUCAUCUCAUAUUAGUAUCCUUGACCAGGCUGAGAGAUUUCAGGCAUUACUAGUUUUUAUAUAGGUAAUGUCUGCAUAUUGGUGAACUGCUCAAACAACUCUACUUAACCAAUUUAUUGAUUUGUAUUUUAUUAACCUACACUGUGCACUUUGAUGUAAUUCUGGUUUACCACUGAGCACUCCAUUUGACUCAGAUUAAUGAAGGGCAAAAAGAAGGGGGAGGCUGGGGGUGAACGCCCACUCAAUUAUAGGAAGAGUGUUUAGCCCUUCACUUGGGCAAUCGUGAUGCGCACCCGCACAGCUAAGGUUUUACAGAAAGUAAAGUAUGGCAGCAAUGACAGUGCACAGUCAAGGAUAUUUUAAUCCAACCGCACACAGCCACCAGCAUUAAGACGAAAUCUUGUAUAAAUCUCCAUACAUAUCAUGUUCGUUGUUGUCUCUUUUCUCCCAGCUCAAUCCCGCGGCAAACAUAAAUACUCACCAUGUGCUCAAUAUUGCAGUUUACUGUCGCGAUGGAUGUGUUUGUUUGUUGUUUUGGGGGUUUUUGGGUUUUUUUAGAUAGUCAUGUCGAACAAGUGUUAACUGAGAGGGAUAGGGUGUGCUUCUUAUUUAAUUUACCUUUGAAGCUGAAAGGUUGAAUCUAUGUCUCAAUGGUUUGAACCUCAUUCAUCAGAUGUUAGAGUAGAUAUAUUUCAAGUAUUUGGAUUUAGUGACUUUGUACAUGACUUCAAUGUUGAAUGAUGACUGCACCUAACGGUCGUCUGUGGUGUAGCAGUUAUAAGGCCUUUAGCCAUUGCACAUGGGAAACUUGAGUUCGAUUCUUGUGUGUAGAGAAUUUUUAUCAUAUAUCUUGGUAAUUUAGCUGGGACUUUCCGUCCCUCUCAGCAUGGGUUGGCCCUGACAGGCAGCGUUGAAACCUGUUUCUGUAUCGAUGGGGGCGUAAAAACACAUAGACCCUAUUUGAAAAAAAAUACCACACCUUGCUUGGGUCUUUCAGUUUCAACAAAGUCAGCCGGCAGAAGGCACAUCCCCUGAGAGUAUCCAUCUUAGUUGUGGUAUUACAAGGGUUCUAUACCGUGCUGGUCGUGAUUAAU